AUGGACCGAGCUGACAAUGUCCUCUGUGAGAAAUGUCAGGGUAUCCAGCUCGAUGACAGAGUGCUCAGCGAUUAUAUUCGCAGACUCCCAGAUGGCAGCAAGUAUUCCGAUAAAACCGGGAACUCGGAAGAGAUUCUUGUUCCAAUAGCCAGUUGGUCUGACUAUCCGCCCGAGUUCCCCAAACUACAGGAGUCGCAUAUCAAAACAGGUUGCAUAUUCUGCAAAUACCUCCGGGAGGCAGUUCUCCUUUCCAAGGUUGAGUUCAAGGAAUCCCCUAUAGAUAUACAUCUUUCACAUAACUGGUUCAACGAUGGAACCUUUCUGGGUAAGGGCGAUAUAACUCGGGAUUGCAAUUAUUCCGGUAUAGUAGGGCAUGUUACAGAUGGAGAAGCGAAGUAUGGCAUAUACUUCAGCCCUGGGUCCGAUGAUUUUCAAAUAUCUCAAUGGUUAGGCAUAUACAGCACCCCAAAGCCGGUGGCACUAUGCAAAGAGAAUGUUCUGUGGGCCACGAACCUAUUGGAAAACCUGGACCACACUUCAGCUAGGCAGGAGGAUUCUGACCACGGGUUUCUUCCGACCAGGCUACUUGACAUCGGAGAAACCGGUACACCAAAUCCUCGUCUGGUAUCAACAGCAAAAGAAACAGGAACGAUAUCAUAUUGUGCCCUCAGCUACUGCUGGGGGGCUCUUCCACAGCUAACGACAACGAAAUCGACUUUUCAACAAUAUUCAUUACAAGGAAUCCCCUUGCACGAGUUGACGAAAGUUUUCAAAGAUGCCAUUGAAGUUUGUCACACUUUUGGCAUCCGGUAUCUUUGGAUAGACGCUCUCUGUAUCAUCCAAGAUGACCCAAUCGAUUGGGAAAGAGAGACCACAAUGAUGCACCGAGUUUACCGCAAUUCAUACUUCACCAUAUGUGCAUUAUCUUCCGACUCAACCCAUACCAGCUUUUUGCAGAGGAAGCAGCAUAGGCUUGAUCUAAAUUUUCUAUCACUGCUAGAUUCGGAAAUUUCGGGGAAAUUGACCUUGGAAUUCCAAAGAUUACCACAUCAGGGCGCUGUGCCGUUUCUGUAUAGAAACGACCUUCUCGGAGACACCACAUGGUCCACACGGGGUUGGACAUUUCAGGAAGAUGAGAUGUCUAAAGCAGCGCUUUAUUUCACGAACUCGCGGUUGUUCCUUAGGACUGGAAAUCAAUAUUUCACCGAAGACGGAUGGAGCUCUGCGUCAUUCAGUUUUACCCUUAGGAUACGUCCAACACUCAGCAAUUGGUAUUCGAAGAUACUUAGGUUCCGGAAGAAAAAGUUUGCAAACGCAGAAGACGUAUUCCCGUCGCUCUCAGGUAUCGUGAGAGAGUACAUCAGCCAUCAUGACGAUGUUUAUGUCGCUGGGCAUUGGAAACGUGACUUUCUCCGAGGGUUACUUUGGCAUUCCGUAACCUAUGAGCUGGAGGAAGGUCGGGAGACUCUAUUGAGAAAUCUGUCAUUUCCUCGUCUUUACAUCGCUCCCUCGUGGAGUUAUCUAAGCAGGACUGAGCCUGGAGAGCACGGCAUCAAUUUCCAUCAAGUGCUUAAUGAGGGCCAUUUCCGCAGCAUGGUCAAAAGUGCGGAUGCCUGGACGACACCCGCCGGACAAGAUCCUUAUGGAAGAAUUCUCGCAGGAGCGGCUCGUAUCAAGGGAAAAGUUAUCACAUGUCAGUCCAAUUUGUCAAAGAUACAUGAUGACAUAUUCACAACUUGUGACAUCUUUCAAAUUCGUGUUGAUGGAGCAUAUGCUGCUACCUGCCAAUUGGAUUGGCCGGUCAACGGUGAUUGGGAAUCCAGCCAUGACUUGUCCCUGCUAUUGCUUGGAAGCACUUGUCGCCGUUUGCAAGAUGGCCGUCCCACAACUCAUUAUCUUGACAAGCAAUACAAUAAGGGUGGCAACGACGGCAGCGGGAGCGGCAGAAGCGAUAGAAGUCACGUCGGAGAGUCCACCGACGGAGAACCAGGCGGUAAAAAUCACCAACCAUUUGCUGUUGAAGAAUCCACCGUUUCAUUAGCGUUGCUAAAUAUCAAAGAAACGGUCGAACCUGAAACAGGAAACGACGAAGACGAAGGGGUAAGCCGUUGCUGCGAGUCGGGUUGCGCCGGGAGCAGUCCUCAAAUUACGGACGAUGAAACCGACUCCGACGUGUCGUCCAGCGAGACCUCGCACAAACUUUGCCCUAUUUGCGGCCACUGCAUGAAAUGCUGCACAAGUGAAGCAAAUCGUCAUGCCUGGGGCCUGAUUAUCCAUCCAGCACUGGAGCCGGGUCAAUAUUUUAGGGUUGGGGUGUUCACCUCACGGUCGGAUGGCCCUGGAAGCAUCUGCGGUACUCGUUUGUUCGAUCAAGCCGACUAUCAGGAGAUUGAUAUAAUCUAA